GCAAUUUUAAACGUAAACUGUUUAAAUUCAGGAGGUUUAUUAUGAAAUAUUGAAAAGAAAAGCUACGAAAACAGCUGAAAACAACUAUCUUUUGGAUCCAGCAAAAGUUAAAUAAACAGCGUUCUUUGAAACAGUAAAGUAAAGUAAUUAUAAGUAAACAACUCAAAAUAUUUGAAACAAGUAUUAACUGUAACUAACUUGGUAAAAUGAAACCGCCAAUAAAAAUAGUAACUUUAUUAGUUUUGUAUGAACUGACAAUCUUAGUAUUAAGCGAAGCUGAUAAAGGAAAUGAGUUUUUUACUGCGGCAUCCGAUAUGGAGAUUCUUCUUAAAGUCGAGAAAAAGUUAGCAGAUAAAUUUCUAAAGUACUUUGAAGCAGAAGAAACGCGGCUUAAUGAAUUAGAAAGAAUUUUGACUCACGUGGAAAAAGAUUUACCACCAAGAACAUCUGAAUUUGAAAAUGAAAAGUGGAUUUCACAUGUUACCAACGCCCAUGGUUCUCUUGACAGAUUCACAAAAUUUUGGAAUAAUUUUGAUAACUAUACAAAAACUAGGACCACUAAAGACAACCUUUUAAGUUUGUUUGCCGACUUAGUUAAAUUAAAACCAGCUUACCCUACGAACGAAGAUUUGUUGGGGGCACUUGCUGCGCUAACAAGGCUUCAACAAACGUAUGCCAUAUCACCUUCAAACUUUGUUGACGGAAUUCGUCAACCUUCGCAUAAAUUAACACUGGAAGAAAUUUUCGAAAUUGGAUAUCUUUGUUUGCAAACGCAUGAUUACAUUCAUGGCCAUGCAUGGUUAAAAGAAGCUCUUUAUAGGUUUCCAGUGGAUGCAAAAAGUGUGGGUUUUGUUGAGAAAGCUAUGUUAUUAGAACAUCUUGCUUGGUGCGAAUAUUAUCUUGGAAAGCUCGAAGACGCCAUCAAACAUACGAGGGCUAUAUUAAAAUUUGAUCCGACCAACAAUAAUGCUCUCAUAAACAUUGAACUCUAUGAAAGAGAAUUUGAGUUAAGCAAAUCUGAUCCAACGAUACGGAAAAACUUUACCCAACCAAAACACCAUUGGGAAAAUCAUCACAACAAACUAUGCCAAGGGCGCGAAAAAAUGGCUCAGAAAGACUUAAAUAGACUAUUUUGUAAGUACGUUGCCCCCAAAGCGCAUUACAUAUUGAAACCUUUUAAAAUGGAAGUUUUGCAUCACGAUCCAUACAUUGAACUUUAUUAUGAACUAAUCACUGAUGAUGAAGCAAAGCAUAUAAUAAAAUUUGCAAAGCCUUUGCUACGAAGAGCAUUUGUUCACGAUAUGGUAACUGGAGAUUUAAUUUAUGCUGAUUACCGCGUUAGUAAAAACACAUGGAUAGCGGAAGAUAUGGACGUUAUAGCUGCAAAAAUAAUACGCAGAGUAGGAGAUGUUACUGGUCUUAAUAUGCGCUAUGCUGAACACUUGCAGGUAGCGAAUUACGGUAUUGCAGGUCAGUAUGAGCCUCACUUUGACCAUUCUACUGGGACAAGACCUAAACAUUUUGACCGGUGGGGUGGAAACAGAAUUGCUACGAUGCUUCUAUAUUUGUCUGAUGUGGAUUGGGGUGGUAGAACCGUUUUCACUAACACCGCUCCAGGUGUUGGUACUGACCCAAUUAAAGGUGCAGGAGUAUUUUGGUAUAACCUACUGAGAAAUGGAAAAAGUAACCCAAAAACUCAACACGCAGGUUGCCCUGUAGUAUUAGGCCAAAAAUGGGUCGCUAAUUUAUGGAUACACGAACAUGGUCAAGAGUUCAACAGACCCUGUACUUUGAAUCCAAACGAAUAAAAUGUUGUUGGUUUAUAAGUAUUGAGAAGACUGGUGACUAGGAUUAGAAAUAAAUGUAAAAUAAUAAAUAGUAUCCACAAUGUUUUAUAAGAACCAUAUGAAUAUAAAAGUUUAAUAAA